AUGGUGAAAAUCCCUGCAUCCUCCAACGGGCACAGUGUUUAUCGGCAAGCCCACACCGUUCUGCCUGGUGCGAGGACGAGGACACGGGAAUCCAACCUCUUCAUCUGGGCGAGGUUAAUCAGAUCGGUCGUCAAUCAUCUUGUUCGGCAACGGGAGCUCCCUGGAUCCCGUCGAGGGCAGCAGACGAAUCAAUGAUGGGAGGCUGCAAAUGCAACGUGGGGGUAGUAAUUUAAGAUUCAUUUACGGCCCUCACAGACUUUACAGAUUCUAAUUCUGUGGAUUUUGAGCCGCAUCUAUGGCAUGGGCUAGUAAAUUGACUGCAGAUACUCAACAUAAUGCGUGAUGGUCGAUCCUGUCUCUUGUUCCUGCAGGAAACGAAGUCUCAGGUCGGAAAUCAAAACCACCCAAAUGCUUCUUCUUUUUCCUGCAGGGGAAAAAGGGGGCAGCACAGCACUCGUCGUCGGACGUUUUCCUUGCCAGUUUGUCCAGGGAAAACGCCACGCAUCAGCCCUCGUCCGUCCAUCCGUCCAUCGGAGUUUCUUUUUUGUGUGUUGUUGGAAACUUGUUGUUGUUCGCCAUUCCAGUCUUAUAUGCUGUGUUAGCUCAACGGCCCGAGGCUGUGUUGAUCUGUUUUUUUCUUUGGAUACCAAGAUUGAUUUGAGACGUCUUCUUCGUACGAAUGCCUGACGGGUUAUGCAGGAACGAUAACUCUAUCGUUACGCAAAUCGCCGACCAAUUUAAAGAGGAUGUGCAAGAUGUUUACACAACAGUGAGAUUUUCAGAGUCGGACUAAUUUUUGAUAUGUCAGGACGGGGCUCACAACUUUUUGCCGUCCCCGCCGUCAUGCAAGCGGCCGCAACAAAUUCCGCACUCUUUUGCUCUUUUAUACCCUUUCGUCACCUGGGUUACACAUUUGUAUGUGUGUUCUCUAUCAGUCAGACUCACUCUUCUUGUACCCGAGAUCCCGAUUUCGUUAACGGCCCCCUCCCUCUUCUUCUCGAUCCCCGGGUAAGAGCUGAGAUAGGUAUCCCUCCCAACGUGAACGCGUGAUGAAAGGUAUCAAUCGGUUAUCGCCGCAGCCGCCGCCACGGGACAGAAGGGUGCUUUCUCAAAUUUCCCCCUGGCAGACUGCAGAAAGGAAGGAUUGAUGAGCAUCCCGCACACAUUUGACGCGCGCGCCUUCUCGCACGGUUGUGAUGGACCCCCUCCCCCUGUCAUGACACCCACACACACCUUUGCUUUCCCCAAGAUUUCUAACCAUGAGGUCAGCGCGUUGUGUGUGCCGGUGCCAUUUUGCGAGCGCAAAGACGGUGGGGGGUGGGUUGGCCGCCGUUCAUUGCCGCCUGACUGCGUGACUGUGUUAUGUGUUAUGCGUGUACCUGCUUGCUGCUCUUUUCUUCUUCUUUCUUAUUUCCCAAAAACAUUUUAUUCCAUGCGGGCGGCAAGGGGAGGGAGGGAGGUGUUAUUUCCACCUUUUUUCUGCAUUAUAUGCGGCCUCCGUUGACGGGGAAGGGAAAGGGAUAUCAUCAUGUUCAACAUUCUUCUGGAUGGUGAAGGGAUGUUUACACACCACUUGCCGGUUACUAGGAACUACACUAGGACAGGUAAAAAUGAUGAAAAUGGGAUGGGCUGGUUGUGUGUAUACUAGCCCAAAGGGCACAAGGGAGGUAGGAUUGUUGUGUUUCCCCCGCAUCUUUUUUCCUCUUCCCCUCCUCGCGUGGUGUGUUCUGCAGUAGUAGACUGGAAGAAGAGGGUGACGAUCAGCGCGAGGCGAACCGGCACCUGACCGGGGACGCCGCAAGACAUCCCGGGGGCAGGCUUCGGUUAGGAUUUGGGCUGAGAGGUGGGAAGGAGGGGGGGGGGUUGGCCUCGACUGGGCUGGAGUGAACUCGGCUUUUAUUGCAGCGCAGCAGUGCAGUUGAUGUGUGUUUUAGUGCCACGAGGAACUUUUUAGUUUUGAACCCGGUGGCCUACAUGUGCCGAUCGGCUUCUAGACUUCUGAUGUGACGCUGUUUGUCGUCAUUUUUUUCCCCUUCUGGGGGCAGAGGGGGUUUAGGGGGGGUAACCUCGCACUGUUGUUUUCUUGAGCUGUUGUUGUUGUCUUGCCGCUUCCGAGGGUGGCGAAAGGAUACAUUCAUGGGUUAGAGGAGGAGGAGGAGAGCGGGAUAAUCUAGUGUAUGUACAUGGAUGGGUGGGAAAGGAUGCCGUGGAUGAUGCUAAAGUUAGCUCAUGGCGGGUGGGGAGCUGGAGGAAGACACAGACCGAGACACUCGGGGACGGGUGGGAGGUUUGGGAAGAAGAAAAGGAAUCAGGUGGGUGAUGUUGAGUUAGCCGAGACAUUGAUCUCGUUCUCGGUGAGUAACGGUGAGGAACUUUAGGAUGGCAAAAAGGACAUUGGGAGGUUUUGGUGGUGGUCUUUUUCUGGGGGAAAGCAUGGCGGCGAGGUAGAUAGGUAUCAUGUCGAUCUUGGAUCGUCGGC